AUAAUAAUGAAAUGAAUGAAAAUCACAUGAUUUAAACAAAUUGGAAUAAUUACUAGUUCUUUUUUGACCCUUUGUACUUGGAAAGUAAGAUAUGGCAUUGGAGAACAGGACGCACAUACCACUUCUGGUUGAGAGGAUUAUUAAUAAGAUAAGAGAUCUGAAAGCUCAAAAUGAGCUGAAAAAGAGGGAACAAAACAAAGCUGCAAUUAAGAUACAGAAAUAUGUGAGAGGGUUCAUCACAAGACGGCAUCUCCAAUUUUUGCACGAGUGUGCCAUAGUCAUCCAAAAAUAUUUUCGAGGGUACAAAACAAGAAAAGUGGUUGCAGUUGUGGCAAAAUUUAAGUAUGAUCUCAUGGUGGAACAGUACCAUCACAUGUGUGCGACAAAGAUCCAGUCUUUGUGGCGAGGUUACAAUGCAAGGAAGAAUUUCAAUUACUAUAAAUUCAAAAAGUGGUUGGAUGAAAUAAUCAUGAAGAACAAGAGUGUGACAGUCGAUAUGAUAAUGUUCAAAUCAAAUGAGAUGGCAAGAAAAGAAAAAGAAAUGAUUCAAGAUUAUAAUGAUUGGAUAGAGUUCAUGGCGACAAAACUGCACCACCUCUUAAGAACGAAAGUCACUCCCGGCAUAUAUUCAAAGAAGGGAAGCUCAGAACUGUCUGAAAUCGAAAAGUACUUGAAAAAGUUUAAAUAUUCUCAGUUUAUGGAAGAACUCAGAGAUGAAAGAGUGAAAGUAGCCCUAGAAGACAUUUUGAAAACAAACAAAACUUGUGCUAGGACAAAAGUACAUGAAAAGUGCCUUGAAAGUUAUAGGGCUAAAUACACAAUAUCAAAUCCAGCUUUGUAAUAAAAAUCAUGUGGUUAAA